AUGCUAAUACGUAACACGGCUAGUAUAUUUUGCUGGGCAACGCUCAUUACCCUAGGCACAGCCGGAUACACAGCACAAGAACCGCCCCAGUAUGACUAUGUAGUCGUGGGCUCGGGUCCUGGUGGAGGGCCGCUGGCCGCCCGUCUCGCCAUUGCAAGAAAGCGUGUCUUGCUUCUCGAGGCCGGCUCGGAUCCGGGAGAUCUGAUCGAGUACCAGGUGCCGGCCUUCAAUUUGGGGUCAACAGAGAGCAAGGAGAUGCGCUGGGACUAUUUCGUACAUCACUACUCGGACCCGGAAAGACAAGCCCGAGACUCCAAGAUGAACUACCGUCUGCCCUCGGGCGAGCUGUACACGGGCCUAUCGCCUCCUGCCGGUGCCGUGCCUCUGGGAAUCCUGUACCCGCGCGCCGGGACACUCGGGGGUUGCAGCUCGCACAAUGCCUUAAUUACUGUCUACCCGCAUCAAAGUGAUUGGCGGUACAUCCAGCACCUGAUGGGCGAUGACUCGUGGAGCCCAGAGAACAUGCGCAGGUACUUUCAACGGCUUGAGAGGGCUGACUACUUGCCCAUCGGCACUCCAGGGCAUGGCUUCUCGGGCUGGCUGACCAUAACACGAACCUGGUUUGGAUUCGUGGCGCAAGAUGCAAAGCUUCUCAGUGUGGUCCUGUCGGCGGCCAGUGCUAUAGGAGAAACGAUCGGGGCAACGCUCAAGGGGCUAGUACAGGUUUUGGCUUUGGAUAUCAAUACAGACUUUGCCGGCCGGGACCAACGUGAAGGCUUGUACGCAGUGCCGCUUACCGUCAACCAAGGCGUCAGGAACGGGGCCAGGGAGUUUAUUCUGAGUACGGCCAAUGCCAAAGGAAAGAAUGGGCAAAGGAAAUAUCAUCUCGAUAUCCAACUCAAUACCCUCGUCACCAAGAUCAAUUUUGACACGACUGGUGCAAAACCCAGGGCCGUCGGUGUCGAUUAUGUCAUGGGGCAGAGUUUAUACAAAGCAGAUCCCCGUUUCCACGACAGCAAGAGUGGCACAGUAGGCAGCGUCAAUGUCAAGCAGGAAGUCAUCUUGUCUGCAGGUGCUUUCGAGUCGCCCAAGCUCUUGAAGCUGAGCGGUAUUGGUCCGGCCAAGGAGCUGAGAUCCUUCAACAUACCCGUCAUAGUUGAUCUUCCAGGUGUUGGAAACAAUCUCCAGGACCGGUACGAAACUUCGGUGAUUGGCAACUCGGCAUCAGACUUUGCGGUCACGCAUGACUGCACUUUCUUAAGGACACCCGACGAUCCCUGCCUCAAGAGAUGGAAGGCGGGAAAAUCAAACGACGACAGGGGUAUAUAUGCCAGCAACAGUCUUGCCUUUGGCGUCGUGAAAAAGUCCAGCACUGCCGACGGGGACCCAGAUUUGUUCAUUGCUGGUGCUCCUGGCUACUUUCCUGGAUAUUAUCCCACGUACAGCUACAACGCUUCCCUGGACGCCAAGCACUGGUCCUGGGUUACCUUGAAGGCGCACUCUCGUAACACAGCUGGUACUGUGAGAUUGGCAUCUGCAGAUGCUCGAGAUCUGCCGAUUAUAGACUUUCAUUCCUUCAGUGGGAAAGACGGCAAUCUCGACGUCCAAGCGGUUGUGGAUGGUAUGCAAUUAUCCCGCAAGAUGUUCAGUGAUCUGGUACCUCUCGAAGGCAGUUUUGAAGAAGUCUGGCCUGGAGAGGGUGUCACGGGCACCAACUUGGCUGAUUUUGUGCGCAACGAGGCCUGGGGUCACCAUGCCAGCUGCACAAAUCCCAUUGGAAAAGAUACCGACCCCAAGGCAGUCUUGAAUUCGGAUUUCACCGUCAAAGGGACCAAGGGGUUGAGAGUAGUUGACGCCUCGAUCUUUCCAAAGAUCCCUGGGUUUUACAUUGCUGUUCCGAUCUACAUGAUCAGUGAAAAGGCCGCCGACGUUAUCCUGGGCAAAAAGUGGACAGUUUAG